AGAGAGGUUUUGUAACGGCCGGAAAUGGCCUCCUUUACCUUCAAACCCCUCCUCCUUCAACAAACUCAACUACACCUCUCCUCAUUCUCUCUCUCUAAAAACUUCAAUUUCUACUUUUCUUAUGAUAUUACACCCACCAAACAUCAACUUAAGAAGCUACGCGUUUCCGCUCAUUCCGCAACGAGCUUGUCUGAAGACGUAGCCGAAGCAAAUUCAGGAAACGACGUCAAUGCCGAUUUUCUCUCUGGGCUUUCUUCUUUUGCUGUUGCUGAUGAUGUAAGUAAUAAUUCUCAUGUAAGAAAUCAUAACCGUGCGCAGAAACCAAUUGAGAAAAGAGUUAUACUCAAGGAUAGACAUGCUGCCAAGAUUGGUCUCAAUUCUAAAUCAAGAAAACAAGUGGUUUCUUCUUCUUCUUCUUCUUCUUCUUCUUCUUCUUCUUCUAUUAGGUUCAAAGCUACACAUUCGGUGAAUAGUAAUUUGAUUGAGCAUAAGAAUAAUAAUAAGGUGCCAGAUAAGCAAAAGGAGAAGAGAAGAAGUAAGAAAGACAAAAUUGAUUCACCAGAAUCUACGCUUAGGGUUGGUUUGGAUAUGUGCUCUAAAAGGGGUGAUGUGGUCGGUGCAAUUAAGCUGUAUGAGUUGGCUAAGAAAGAAUUCAUUAAAUUGGGGCAGUACCAUUAUGCUGUACUUUUAUAUCUUUGUUCUUCUGCAGCUACUGGUAUUGUUCAGCCCGCAAAAAGCGGGACCGGCACUCGCAGUUUGAGUUCUGGCUCUGAAUCUUUUAUUGAAUUCAGUGAUAUUCGGAAAACAACUAAACAAAUUGGUACUGAUUUUAGUGAUGUACAAGGGGAUUCUUCCAGAAGAAAUUCUGUUAAUGGGUCUAUGGAGAUUUAUCCAGAAUCUUUAGAUGAUUUGGUUCGUUUUCUGAAACAGAAAGCCGAUAAUUCAAAUAGGAAUGAUGAUAAAAGUAAGAGUUACGGUGUUCAAGUAAGUGAAGAGGUGAAGAGGGCUGCACUACGUAAAGGGUUCGAAAUAUACAAUGAAAUGCGUUUGGAAAAUAUCCCAAUGAACGAAGCAACAUUUACAUCCGUGGCUAGAAUGGCCACGGCUUUUGGUGAUGGUGACAUGGCGUUUGAUAUGGUCAAACAAAUGAAAGAAUACGGUAUAAACCCUAGGCUGAGAUCCUACGGGCCUGCUCUAUCUAUAUUUUGCAGUAAUGGAGAUAUUGACAACGCGUUUAAAGUCGAAAGCCACAUGCUUGAGCAUGGUGUCUAUCCAGAGGAGCCCGAACUCGAAGCACUCCUUAAGGUAAGUAUAGAUGCUGGAAAGAGUGAAAAGGUAUAUAAUGUUUUGCAUAAACUUAGGACAAGUGUGAGACAGGUGUCGUCUUCCACAGCAGAGUUGAUUGAGAGGUGGUUUACGAGCAAGACUGCUUCGAGAGUUGGUAAAAGAAAAUGGGAUCAAAAUUUAAUUAUCGAAGCAAUGAAAAAUGGAGGUGGUGGGUGGCAUGGAAAGGGUUGGUUGGGUAAAGGAAAAUGGACCGUGUCUCGUUCGCCUGUUGAUUCUGAUGGAUUAUGCAAAUGUUGUGGUAAAAAAUUAGUUACCAUUGACCUUGACCCGGUGGAAACGGAAAAUUUUGCCAAGUCUGUGGCAUCUAUAGCUGCUGAGAGAGAGAAAGAUUCGAGCUUUCAGAAAUUUCAGAAGUGGCUCGACUAUUAUGGACCCUUUGAGGCAGUCGUCGAUGCUGCAAAUGUCGGUCUUUACAGCCAAAGAAGUUUUAAACCAUCAAAGGUGAAUGCUGUUGUGAAUGGAAUACGGCAGAUGCUUCAUUGUAGAAAAUGGCCGCUUAUAGUAUUGCAUAACAGGCGUAUUAACGGAGGGAAAAUGGAGGAACCUUUCAACAAAGCAUUGAUAGAAAAGUGGAGAACUGCUGAUGCUAUCUACGCGACGCCUACUGGUUCAAAUGAUGAUUGGUACUGGCUUUAUGCAGCUAUAAAGUGCGGAUGCUUACUAGUGACAAACGAUGAAAUGAGAGAUCACCUUUUUCAACUGUUUGGGAAUGAUUUUUUCCCUAAGUGGAAAGAAAGGCAUCAGGUUCGUUUCAGUUUUACUGAAACCGGUCCUACAUUUCGCAUGCCGCCUCCAUGUUCUGUUGUUAUACAGGAAACAGAGGAAGGGCAAUGGCAUAUUCCUAUUGUAUCAGAAUCUGAAAACGAGGACGAACGAAUAUGGUUAUGCUGCUCUCGAUCAAACUCUUCUUCUCCUUCUUCUUCUUCUCAUCACCAAAAUCAAGAAUCAGAGAUUCCCCGAACGCAAAAGAAGAAGAGAGAAGCAAGAAUAAGUGUCGAAACUGUAUUUGGUGAAUCGGGAAAGCGCAAUCACAGGAAAAAUAAUACGCUCCUUGCACAACUUGAGACUGCAGAGCAACUUGGAGACUGUGCUAUCGAUUUCCAAAUUUAGAAUGGAAACAAACAUCUUUGUAGUAAGUAUACCUUCUUCAUAUAUAUUUCUUCUUCUAACCUA